CGCGAUAACACCACACAACAAACACUAUCUUCUCUGCCGAAAUCGAUCGAACCCAGCAACCCCAAAUCGACUCUCAGUCGUCUUCUCCAAGCACCGCCAUCUCUCUCUCUCUCUCUCUCUCUCUCUCUCUCUCUCACUCUCACUCUCAGCCGUCCUCUCUCUCACUCGUAAUCUCCAACCCUAGCUCCAAAUUGAACCUUCUCUCACUCAUAAGGGAAACGCAACAUCGCAAACUGUCAACUCAUCCUUCAACCGUGACAUCCCGAAUCAAUCUAUUCAACUCUCAAAUACAUCUCCGUUCUUGACCGAUGGAUUGUGAAGGGCAAAAGCUUGCAGAGCAGUUGAUGCAGAUAAUGCUUCUUUCAUUUGCUGUGAUUGCAAUUGGAGCUGGAUAUAUCACGGCUUCUUUCCAAACAAUGAUCCUCACAUACGCUGGCGGUGUGGUUCUCACCACAUUAGUCACUCUUCCCAACUGGCCCUUCUUCAACCACCAUCCUCUUAAGUGGUUGGACCCGAGCGAGGCAGAAAAGCAUCCAAAGCCACAACCAUCUGUGAAUGUAACUGCAAAGAAGAAGUUUACAAGCAUCUAAAAAAAAAGGGAAGUUCGGCUGGAACCUUAAAUCAUACAUGUCGUAUUAGUCGUGAAGGUAGGCUCACUUUGAAGCAUAUAUUUGAAAAUUUCUUCAGUCAUGAACUUGUCUUAUCUCAAUUAUCUUAGUGGAUAGAUCAAAUGUAAGAUAACUUGGCAGAUGCAAUGAUGUUUUCACUGAGACCUGAGUGUCCGCUCUACGUUGGUAAGUUCUUGUCAUCUACUUUGUAAAAUUCCUUCUCACUCUGGUUUUGAUCACAUCUAAAAUUCAGGAUUCAGCUAGAUCUUUUCGAUUCAUGACCCAAUUGAUGAUUGAAAAUGGUCCAGCAAGACAGAGGAAAAUAUAUAGAGUCCUUGUAUGUAGAAUGUCCAAUUUCAUUUAUAGUGUUGUUUGGAACAAUAAUUUCACCAACUUAGUUCUGACUAAUUUCACUAAUUUGUUUCUUUGCACCUUAGAUUCGUGUUUGAAAUAUGUGUUGGCCAUCCUUU